AUGGCCAUUAUCCGCGCACGCCACACUUAUGCAUCCCGUAUUCCCGGAUACGACGCCUACUAUUGCGGCAGAUACCCCCCACUGUUAGGCCCCCCCUUUUUGCUGUACCUGCAUAUUUUACCACUUUACGGCUUUUUUAUACUACACUUUUUAGUGCACGCACAUCAUACUACGCUUCUUGUUUAUACCUUAUUUUCUGCUGCGUUUCCCAAGACGUUCUGGCUCGUUCGCGGGACUUUUGAGAGUUGCUUCACUUGCGUCGCAUCGCUGGGCAUAUAUACAAUUCUCUCCUCCUUACUCCCAACCUUUCCCCCACCUGCCCUGCGCGGUUCUCCACAUCUCUCUCCCUCUCUCAAAAUCCAGCGCUUCGAGUAUCUUAGCAGCCAAGCACACAAGAAUGACGUCGCAAACGUUUUUUUUUAA